UGGAAUAUUUAUUUCAAAAUACAGAUUCUUGCCGAUACGCUAUUUACUCGGAAAGAAUUACGAGCGAUUUAUCGCGCUUUUAAGGAAACAUCACCGUUCAGCCGUGAUACAUUUCGUGUCGCAUUUGCAAUGCUCUUCCCCUACGGCGAUAUAGAACAUUAUGCUGAUCUUGUUUUUGAAACUUUUGAACCAAAUGACCACGGUUUCAUAGAUUUCCAUGCAAGUUUUUAUAUAAUCCGACAUAAUGCCUAUGUGAAGAAAAAUAUGAAAUUUAUAAAAAUAUUUUCCGCGCUAGCACGUGGGCCUUUAAAUGAGAAAUUGGACUGGAUUUAUAAAUUGUACGAUCCAGUGGAUACGGGCAAAAUUGACUGGGAUCGAAUAUUCUAUGUUGUGACGGCCAUUAAUGAUUUAAUGGGUAAGAAAUUCGAUAAGUCUAAGAAAGGAUGGAUAACGAAGGAGGAAUUUAUGGAGAUUUGUUCAACUGACGAGGAUAUUUUCAAAUCAAUCUCUUCAUUAUGUAAUAUAUCCGAAUGUAGUUUAUAA